AUGGCCCAUCUUUGUUCCUUGCCAAACGACGUCUACCAGCUGAUUCUGCCGCGCUUGUCGUUCUGCGACGUCUUGCGCCUUGAAGCUACCUGUCGUUUUUGCCAGAAAGUUUGCCAGCUGUACUGGCGAACUCUGGUAUCGCUGGAUAUGAUUCCGCUUCUGAACGCCAACAGUAGCGACGUCCUUCACCACGGCUACAAGUUUGACCGGGUGGCGAAGAACCUCAUUCUGCGAGCUUCACCGUAUUUGAAACGCCUCAGCUUGUCCAGCUUUGGUCCGCUGGAUUAUAGCUUGCAGACAGGCUUGGAGAACGCAGUUCUCGACUACUGCGGACGCCUGCAGGCGAUCGAGUUGAAUAACCGCAUAUUGGAUAAGGACUGGCUGGUCGAGUUAGCUAAGCGCAACCCAGGGCUUCGACAAGUGUCGCUGUGCAACGUAUACGUGCGAAACCGCGCCGGACUGGACGAUGAGCUGCUGGCUACUCUGCUGCACUUUUUGUCACAGCUGCAGGUGCUGGUGCUGCGGGACAACCAGUACUUGAGAAUGAGCUGCUAUGCGGCACUGCCACCGUCUCUGCUGAAGGUGUUGGCUAUGACCUAUGUCCGCGGCAUGACGUACAUCGCCUCUCCACUGAUGCGCAACAUUCACACACUGACCGUCAAUACGAUCGCGCAGAUGUGCCAGACCGACUUCUUCAUCAAGCCGUUCGACGUGUUUGCCAAUCUGCGUUCGCUGUCGGUCAGCAGCCAUAUGAUGACCGACAGCAUGUUUGCGGUCAUCGGCCAGUGCUUUCUGAAGCUGCAAGAGCUGUACAUCUUUGGCAACCGGGCCAGCUUCGUUCGAUCGGUCACCUGCUCGUUUUUGCAGCUGAAGCAGCUGCCGUUUCUGCGCAAAAUCGGCACUCAGGAGAACCCGAUGGGCAGAACCCUACUUCUGUUGUGCUACCAUUUCCCAAAACUGCAGGAGCUGGAUUUGUCCUAUGCGAUUAAGGAGCGAGAUUUGGACGACGUUUGGUGCGACAUUCACUCCAACGUGCUCGAGGUGCUGAUCAUGAAGGGCUUUACCCCGGCUUCCGUGGACUCAUCGUCCUGCCAGCGGACCGUACUUGAGAAGUUGCGCCCGUUGUGUCCUUUGCUUAGGAAAGUUAUUCUGUAG